AUGGAGCGAAGGCUUGAGUUCAGUUCCGCAAUUAAAGAAGCAGAAAAGUCGUCGGAUAUUCUGCGUCUUUUUAAAUCAGAGAAGGUCCUCCACUGUCAAAGAGUUACUGCGGAAAUAACAAAAAUGGUUAAAAUUGGUUAUUUAAUGCACACAGGUCUCACAAACAUUGACUCCUCUACUAAAAAUGUACUCGAGAAAAAUUUUGUAAACAAAUUAGCCCUUUUGUACGGAGACUAUUUACUGCCCAUCAGUAGCAGCGAAAUUGCUCGUUUAAAAAACCACCAUGUUCAAGAAAUAAUUUUCUCAGCUAUAAGAGAUUUGGCUGAAUCUGGAUUUUUUGGGUUAGGAGAUCCUCAAAAUAAUCCGAUACCGUAUAAACCACUUCCUGAACAAAAUGAUGUUAAAAUUCCAUACGAAUUUGGAAUAGAACCUCUAAAAUUUGAAGGUAUUUUAGGUAACAUGAAAGCAGAAAGGACUUUGAGAAAUAUUUUGAGCAGUGGCAGUUUAUUGGCAAAAUGUUGUCAGAGUAGUUUAAUUUUGGCUAAUCAUGAAUUUUUCGUACCUAAACUGGCCUAUAUUUUUGGUAGAAAUUUAGCGUUAGCCUGGCAGACUUCAUUAGAAAAAGUUCAAAUUAAAGAGGAAAGGUUUAGCUUAGUAUCGGCACCAGUAAUGUUACAUUUACAACAUGAUCCUAGUUUGUACACAGAAAUUGAAAAAGGAUGA